UUUAAACAGCGCUGAUACUACACACGAGCGCACAUACAAAACGUUUUAUCAACAAAAGCAACACGAUUGUAAGGUUCAAUCGACGUGAUAGUGAAAAAACGCGCGAUUAGGAAGCAAAUUUGAUAUUAUCUUUUUCGUGGAUAUGUUACAGUUAUGGUUAUCAGUAUUUUUUGGGUUAUUUCCACUGAUUCACACUGCAAAUCGAGUGCUGUUUCCACCCCCAGCGCAACGUCACAACCCACUAACAUCGCUAAUUAAAUACGACGUUAAACGGUUUCCUUUAAAAAGAGAUGGUCUGGAGCCGUACAUUCCGGUAAAUUACAUCUUGAAUGACAAAAAUUAUUGUUAUGGCCGAUAUUGCUGGCAAGGCAAUGCAAAGUGUAUUGGUUACUCUUGUUGCGUAUGUCAAUGUAAAAAUGGUGGAACAUAUUUAUCACGUUACCAUGGUUGCAAACAAGCUGAACAAAUUCGCUUACCCGGUCACAUCUCGCUGAACAAAAAUGAAAUAAUCCUAGAUGAACAGUGCAAAUUCGCGACAAAGAAAAUUGGAUUUACUUAUGUUCCCUUAUUUUCUAACUCUAAAAAUUUCAAAAACAUAGAAAUAUACUCUACAAACAAUUUAAUAAAUGGCACAGAGUGUCGGGCUGGUCCGGUAUAUGUGUACGAUUACCAUGGUCAUCAGUUGUUGUACCACUGGAAUGAAUGUAAUGAAAUGUUUCGUGUAUCUACAAAUGAUGGAAAGUACUUUCUUCAGUGGACGUCUGAGAAUUACAACCAUUGGAAAUUAUUACGUGGAAAUCUGGUGUCACUGCGUAUAACAUGUCGGAAGAACGAUUCAAUAAAUCAUGUGAAGAUUUCAUCUUGCUUGCUCUUUCAGGUAGAAGGAACGUAUUCCAAAGAUGCUGGUUUCAAGAAACCAAAUGCAAUCGUUUCAAAACAUGCCUGUUCUUCUUCAACUGGUUAUUUAUCACAUGGAAAUAGUAGUAUCAUUGCUACAGCUUUUCGCGAUAGUGUAAGCAGAAUACCACUAAACGUUGUGGCAGGUCUACUUGCAGGGAUUGCGUCAUUUAGCAUCUGCUUCUUCUUUGGUGUCUUACUACUGUUAAUCAUGCACCGUAACAGAAAAUUUACGGAAAAAGAAUAUGCUGCUUUUAGUAAAGAAACACUGCUUCAAAGAGAUGAAAUCAAAGUACACUCUGACGAAUCUCUAUAUUCAAAAAUACAUACCGAACCACAUUACGAGAAGGUUUGGAGUCGACACAAGUUAGAUAAAUAUAUACAUCAUUUGGAUGGUGAAAACUUUAUAUAUGACGAUGUUUCACAAUGCACUCGAAAGUCAACAAGAUGGCAGAGAGAACAAGAAACACAGUUGAAUGACUUGCAUAUAUCCGAGCGCAGAUACGAGAAUUUUAAUAACCCGAGAAAGACAGUGUCCGUCUAAUCUACAUCAUCCCUACACGGAUCCACCUCUUCUUAACUUAUAACCAUAAGAAGGCGAAUAAAAGUCAAGCUCUAUCAAACUAGACAUGUUUACAUGCGAAAGUAUUUUUAGAAGCAUGUUCAAGAUUUUUAUGUAUAGUAGAUAUAAUACUCCGCCAACCCUAUUCCAGGAUUUGUUGCUUAUAUGGCUUUUCGAGAAAUGUUAAAGAACAUUAUAAGUCCGUGAGAACGAGGUUAGAUAGAGUUUAUAAUUUUGUAUAAUUCUUAAAUGUAAAUAUAGAUUACUGGUCA